CUCAAACUCAACAUUCAACAACGUCAACGCUGUGAACAAUCACAAAGAAAAACGCGGGAAGUUGGUGUGUAUCGUCGUCAUCGUCCUGCAGCAUUCUUUGUUCACGCUUUCGGAUUUAACCUCAAAAAGAAAAAGUUUCAUCGCACCCUAAGCCCUAAACCUUGACGACAGUGCUCGCUCAGGAUCGAUGAAGCAGAACCAAAGCGAAGAUCAACUCUUUUGAUUCAGGCUUGUCGACCAUUGAGUAAAUUUAAGGUGUCGAAAGUCUCUCUCUUUUGCGCUGAUCUUGAUCACCAUGCGUAAUACAACCUGAAUUUAUCUGUUGAGUGCGGAGUUGAGAGGAUAUGAAUAUUUUGUUUGAGGUGAUUGCCGAUGCCGGUCAGGGUCAGCUAUAUUCUUCCAUUGUAGCCAGAUGAACGUGAUUACUAGGCAUUUCCCUCUGAGAGCAGUAGUAGUGCAAGUGCGUAUACUUCGUAAGCAACUAGAUAGCCGGCAUUGGUAUUGAUAUUGUUCCUUUCGCAUAUGAAAUAAUUCACCGCGUCCUAAUUCAGUCGCAUAUGAAAUAAAUUCAAAAACAUAAAAGUAGUUCGACUACGAUUAGCCAGAAAAAAAUCGACUUCAGUACCACUACCAUGCCCAUGACUCGCUAACCCCGCCCUCAUAUUUUUCUUAUGACACAAGUGGGCACCAGCUCCUCGCUCGCUUUGCCCACGAAAAAAAGCCAGAGUAACCUCCUGUUCGACGCCACGGCCGGCACGACGAGUGGCGCGCCAGCGCCUGCAAGAGGAAGCAACAAAAAUAAAGUAGCCCUCCAAAGCUACACAACGAAACAAGACUCCGGAGCAGGCGGACCUCCUCCCCCCGCGGCUCGCAUUCUAGAUUACAAGGUCGACGAAGUAGAGCUCCGCGACGUUUUUAUCUCGCACAUUGCCCACUCUUUCCAAAUGGAGGACGAGGAGGAAGAGGUGACGCCACUGACCAAGGAGGAAAUCCUCUCCGAUGGUCUCUACGGGCGGUGGGUUAUGCGUCGCUUCACCGACGGAAACUGUUUCGAGGGUCGGGUCUGCUCGAUCGACAUCACGAACACGGGGAAAAAGUACUACUGCGUCCAGUACCGCGACGGGGAUCUGGAGCAUUUGGAGAGACACGAAGUGCUUCAGUAUUUGAAUGAGGAGAAAGAAAUUCCCGAGAAACCGAAACCCAAGCAGGCGUCGACGAAACCCAAGCAGGCGGCACCAGUAGCUGCAGCUGCAGGAGGAGCUUCAUCUAAAACUACUACAGCGAUGAAACCUACCAAAAGCGGGGGCGGAGCGGCAAAGAAAGCAGCCGACGAUCUGGAUCUGGAGCUCGAUAUUGAGGACGAGGACCCGAUCGAGGAUGAAGAAGAUGAUCUUCUUGCGGAUGACAAUCCGCCACCUGCUGCUGCACCUCCUGCGGAAACAAGGAAACGACUCAACAAGACGACGAACGACCACGAAGUAGGCAACAUAAACAUUGCGCAAUCAAUGAAGAAACAGCCAGCACAUCAGCCAGCUUCUGUGCCAGAUGCAAAUGCGAAGCCAGCAGGACCAAAAUCCUCUCCCGCCGCGAAGCCGAAAGCCGGGCGUGGUGGUAACAAAAAGUCCGCGUCCGCCAAACCGUCUCCCGCGGCAAAACCGAAAGCUUCUCCAACUGCUAAACCGAAGGCUUCUCCCGCGGCAAAACCGAAAGCAGCUCCGGCAGCGAAGGCGAAGUCAUCGAAGGCAGCUGGCGAAGGUGUGGCGAAAGCUAAGCCGAAGGCGAAGUCCGCAGCUGCCAGCAUGAAGAAAAACGGUGCCGCCGCGGCACCUGCGCCCAAAGCAAAGGCAAAGGCCAAAGCGACCGCAAUGAAAGCGACAAAAAAAAGUAAGUAAAAAAGUGAAGCAAGUACCACGUAUAGUAGAAGAAUGACAAUGACGCUUAUUUUCUCUGACUAGAAGAUCAUCUUGAUCUUUUGUUUUCGAAAGAGGACUGUAAAGUCACUGCGGAACAAGCGUUGGAUUGAGCAUUCACGUGCUGUAGCCGGUGGCGCAUGGCCACACUUCUCCAGCUGCUGGU